UGAUUAAUUUGUGGAAUUAUUUUAUUUCUUCAGGCUUCACCCUGUAAACUUUACUGCACUUUUGUGGACUAGCAGCUAUGCACACCUGAAAAUAGAGGAGUGAAAAUUACAUGAGCAUUUUUUCCAUUUGGUAUUCCUAUUAGCUUAAACAUUUAGUUACCAGGAAUAAUAGUUAGUCAGUAGUCUUGCUGUGCAAUGCGUUAUGCCCAGAUUGUGCUUGGCCCAGCAGGGGCUGGCAAAUCUACAUACUGUGCUGCACUGCAGCAGUUUGGUUUGGACACCCAGAGAGUAAUAAAUGUGGUGAAUCUGGACCCAGCGGCAGAGAAGUUUGCAUAUGAUGCCUGUGCAGACAUCCGUGAGCUUGUUGAAGUGGAUGAUGUUAUGGAAGUUGAGGAUGUCACCUAUGGACCAAAUGGAGGUCUUAUAUUUUGUAUGGAAUAUUUAAUGCAACCUGAUGGCUUGGAAUGGUUAAGGGAUGCCCUUGGUGAAACUGAAGACGACUACACAUUAUUUGACUGCCCUGGACAAAUAGAACUUUAUACUCACAUGGAUGUUAUGAGAAAUUUGUUGGAUGUACUUCAGUCUUGGAACUUCCGCAUUUGUGCUGUGUUCGUCCUGGACUCCCACUACAUGGUGGACGCCAGUAAAUUCCUAUCUGGUUCUCUCACCGCACUCUCGGCCAUGAUGAAGCUCGAGGUACCCCACGUUAAUUUACUGAGCAAGAUGGACUUGCUGGACAAGAAGUCGCGCUCACAGCUAAGCAUGUUCCUGGACCCUGACGUUCACGAGUUGCUGUCCUCAGACCACAUGGGGUCGCGCUUUAAUAAGAAGUACCAGAAGCUGACUGCGGCGCUAGCGAGGACGCUGGACGACCACUCCCUGGUCCGCUACGUGCCCAUCAACAUCAGGAAGCAGGACUCCAUACAGAACGCCCUUAUAAUGAUAGAUUCACGCAUUCAAUACGGCGAGGAUCUCGAUGUCAAAACCAAGGACUUUGAUUACGCAGACCCGGAAGACCAAGAGCCUCCUGGAGAUGAUUGAACUCGAAUAUAUUAGUGUCCGUG